CUUUGAAGUGAUUGUAUAAAGAAAUUACGCGAAGAUAUUAGCAAAAAUGCGCAACAAUGAAAGAUCAGUGUUAUAUCUGUUAUUGAUAUUAAUUUUAUGUGCAGAAGUAUAUGUGAUAAGUGCUAGGCAUUUAAUUAAAAAGAGAAAUUAUAGCGAUCAAAGUGUAAGAGGUUAUUUAGCAGAGCGAACUUGUUGGUGGAAUGAAGUUUGCAAAGAAGAAUUUCACAGUAAAUUUCGAUGCCGUUGUCCGAGGUGGUCCUAUUGUCGUGCUCCUGGUAGAUACUACGACGCGCAUUGUAGUAUGACACGUACAGGCUAUAUUUGGACUCAACCAGAAACUUCAUUAGCGCUCGAAGUUAAUAAAUGA